AGAAGUCAUCAAAGUAACACUUGAAAGCAUAUUGUUUUUCAUAAAAAAAAAAAAUACAAGAAAAAAAUUAAAUACACGUUUUAAAUUCUCUAUGUAUAAAACUUCAUGAGCACUGGCAUUGUUUUGGCGCUGUGGAUGACAGUGCUUUUAUUGUUGUAUAAAUCAGUUAAAUCAGAUUUUGAAAAUGACUUUCUACACGAGCAUAAUAAAUACCGGGCUGAACACGGCUGUCCCAGCCUCCUGCUAGAUACCACAUUAAGCGAGGAGUGUAAAAAGUAUGCUGAACUGCUUGUCGAAAAAGAUAGCCUAGAUCACUCAAAUGGUGACUAUGGUGAAAAUCUCUGUUAUACGACAAAAAAUCCACUGACAUGUGUGAAAAUGUGGUACGAUGAAAUUAAGGAUUACAAAUAUGAAAGUCCCGGAUUCUCAUUGAUAACUGGGCAUUUUACUCAAUUAAUUUGGAAGUCAAGCACAACUAUGGGCGUUGGCCAGAGUAGUGGUAAACGAAAGAACUUCGUUGUCGCCAGAUAUAAGCCUGCUGGCAAUGUGGCAGGUCAGUUUAAGGAGAAUGUCCCGAGGCCGAAAAACAAUUUCAGUCCAGACUGCAAGGCAGACUGGUUUAAAUGUUGUAUAAUAUUUUCUUGGGUGUUUUUAAUUUGGUUUUCAUGGGCCUAGAGAAAUGUUGGCAAAUCAAAUUGCUCGAAAACAAAGAAUUUGUGCCCACGAAUGAAAAACAUUUUUGCAAAUAUGCGAGGAGAAUAGUUAAUCUGGAAAUUGUGGACUUGGUAUAUAUGUCUAAAAAAGCAGCCAGUUUUGCCGUAUAAAAACCCAUCUUUCAACCAAUUCUUCCCAACGCGGUUAUUUCGAAUGAUGCCUUGCAAAAAAGAUGCCGUAGAAUGUUCACAAAUAGAUGAGAAAUAUGGUAAAAAUAUAGAAUUAAUCCUAUAGAAACUCCAGAAGAUUCUGUAAUACUUUGGUAGUUGGAAAUAUUACUUUACGAGCAAAGAAGCGGCAGAUAUUCCGAAGAAGCCAUGCAUUUUGUGCAACUAAUUUGCAAAUCGCCCCAAUUGUUGGGUCAAGCGACCAGGAAAACUAUACCAAACAAGAUAUAAGCCAGCUGGAAACGUUUUGGCAGAAUAUUGAUACCCCAGUCGGUGCGACUUACCUGCAUCCCAAUCGAGUUUAUCCGCACGUUAAAAUUCAAAUCUAGUUCAGAUUACAGGGCGUACCACCCUAUUAAUAUAUACAAUACGUAUUAUUUAUUUGGUUAUAGAGAACGAUAAGUACGAUAAAAAGUUAAAAA